CAUACGUGGGAACACGUAUUUACCUUGUUAUCGAUCCACAGCAUCUCUAUCUCGUUAUUUCCUUCAUUUCAGGCGUCGAAAAACCGUCAAACGUCGCCUUUUUAUUCCCUUCCAUGACGUCAACAAGCUCAGGCUCAGUGCAAGUAAGCAACAUGCAUUGAAACAGCGAGAUCCGUAAUAUUCCUUCAUCGGCCGCAUCUUCUCGUUCUCCAUCUCGCUGGCCGUAUACAGCGUAGCAUCAGAAUGCCCGUCGACCUGCUACAUCACUACCGCCAUGUCACCAACCACAUCAUCCCCGGCCCCCAAAGCCUCUCCUACUUCAUCCCCUUGCUCCUCCUUCCAACUGCUCUCCUCAUUCCUCGACAUAUUCUCCCACGAUGGCUCAGCAUUGCCUUCUUCAUGCCGACAAUCACUCUGGCCUCCCUGUCCGCCUGGACUGCGAUGCGCGGCGUUGAUGUCAUCUCCGUCGACGUCGUCCUUUCGUCGCUGUACUUGCUCGUGUUGAACGAUCCGUGGAAGGAUUUUCAAUACAUUCCAUCUUCAUCAUCACACGGCGAUGUCAGCAAUUCAUCUCCAAGAAGGUCAAUCAAGGGAGACGCUCGUCGAUCAUCCACUCGAACCACGAAGUCGGGACGAACAACCAAACCGAAGACACUCGCUAUAUCCAACCAACACUACCCCGAGUCUUUCGCCCAGCGCCUAAGCUGGGUCCUCAACCUCCUAACAUCAAUCCGCUUCAACAACUGGAAAAUCAACCUCCCCUCACACGACACGCACCAGCCCCCAUCCCCCGCCUUUCCAACCCGCAAAGCUCUCUUCCUCCAAGCCCUCCUCAGCCUCACGCGAGGCUACCUCAUCCUCGACCUAACAAGCGCCUACACGCAUUCAGACCCCUACUUCACCAACCCCCACAUCCCCAUCUCCUCUCCCCUCCCAACCACAAUCACAACCCUCUUCCCACUACCCCCUCAGUUCCUCCGCGCAAUGAUCCUCAGCGCCCAAGCCUGGGCCCUCAUCUCCCAAAUCUUCUACGCUCCCGCCCUCCUCCCGCUAGCCCUCAAUGCCUGCUCUCUAAUCCCCGAUUCCUGGUCUCCGCACACUUGGGCCCCGUACUUCGGUUCCCCACUGGACGUCCUCGCGCACGGCGUGCGCGGCUUCUGGGGCCGAUAUUGGCACCAAAUGAUGCGACACUCGACUUCCGCUCCGGGGUACGCGGUCGCGGAUUUGUUGGGGUUGAGCAAGGGGGGCUUGCUACGGUAUGCUGUUAUUACGGUCGUGGCGUUCGGGUUGAGUGGGGUUGUGCAUAUGGGUUUGGUGCCGCCGGAGCCGUUGGGGGCGACGGUGAGCGUGGAUUUGCUGAGGGUGUAUGUGGCGGGGUUCUUUUGGGUGCAGCCGGUUGCGUUGAUGGUGGAGGCGGUGGUGGAGCGGGUGUGGAUGCGCGGGAAGAAGGUUGAAGGCCCGGCGACGAUUUGGAGACGUGUGGUCAUUGCUAUUUGGGUUGGCUGCUGGUUCACGCUUUACGUGCCGCUACUCGGGGAGGCAGGGCGACAGCUGGGAUAUUGGAGGCAUUGGCUCGUGCCGUUUAGUUUGUGGAAAUGGGCGCGAGGAGAAGCUGAUUUCGUAACAUGGUCGUUUCUGCGGAAUUAGAUGGGAACAAUCACCACACCGCAACGCCUCCAGAACCCCCGCUGGAAAAAUAAACACCUCUCAACCAAACCCAUCCCCUCAUAACGCCCUCGCCGCCUCCCCGGCAACCUCAUUCUCCUCCACCCUCCUCUUCCCCUUCCCUAGCC